UAAGCACCCAAAAAGAAUCUUCCAUUUACAAUCGGAUCCUUCCCUUCCCUUCCCUCCUUCCCUAAUCAUUUCUCUCUCUGAAUCUGCUCCAACUUUCUCCAAUCUCAACUCUGAUUGACUCUCACCGACUGUGGCGAAGCGAAGCACCUCCAAUUAUGUCGAUUCACCGCGUGAUUCUCGCUAAUUAAUUCCGAGAUAGGAUCUGGAGCAGCAGCAGCAGAGCUUCUUGCAAAACUAGGGUUUAAGGAUCUAAAUGGUCUUUAAGAAUCUAGUUGGGAUGAUUAUGGGCUGUCUUGGAUUUGGGGGCAAGCAGCAGCCCGAGAAUGGGGAAUCUAAUUUGUGUCUUGAUUCGGACAAUGUUCGUGAGUUUGAUCCGCCUAGGGUUCGGCUGAGCGACGGCAGAUACUUGGCUUACAUUGAGCGAGGAGUCCCCAAGAACAAUUCCAAUUUUCAAGUCAUUGUCGUCCAUGGCUUCGGCAGCUCCAAGGAGAUGAAUUUCAUGGCUACCCAAGAAUUGUUGGAAGAGUUGAAGAUAUGCCUAAUUAUGUUCGAUCGAGCCGGAUACGGCAAAAGCGAUCCGAACCCAAAGAGAUCGCUUAAAAGCGAAGCCUCCGACAUCGAGGAGCUUGCCGAUAAAUUGCAGUUGGGAUCGAAAUUUUAUGUGCUCGGAGUGUCGAUUGGAUGUUACCCCGUGUGGAGUUGCCUUCAAAGACUACCGAAUAGGCUUGCCGGCGCGGCGCUUGUUGUCCCGUAUAUAAACUAUAUGUGGCCGACGCUUCCUAACGACCUAAUAAAGGACGACUACCGAAAAGGGCUUUCCCGAUGGUCGGUUUUCGUCGCGCGCUACACUCCGCGGUUGUUGCAUUGGUGGCUUACUCAAAAAAUCUUCCCAUCGUCCUCUGUCCUCGAUCGAAAUCCUGUUUUCUUUUGCAAGAAGGACUUGGAUGUGUUGAAGUAUACGCCAGGCUUCCAAGUUCUGAACAAGAACAAGAUACGGGAUCCAAUUGUGUUCGACUCCCAUCGCCGCGACUUCAUAGUGGCGUAUGGUAAAUGGGACUUCAACCCGAUGGAUUUGGGCGACCCGUACCCGGAAAAUGAAAACGGGGGCACGGUGCAUAUUUGGCAGGGCCGGGAGGACAAGGUCGUCCCGGUUCAGCUUCAAAGAUUUGUGUCGGAAAAGUUGCCGUGGAUACGGUACCAUGAAGUACCCGACGGCGGGCAUUUUCUUGUCUACGACGCCGAUGUGUGUGAAGCUAUCCUGAGGUCCCUUUUGCUCGGGGAUGAUCCUCCGAUGUAUCGACCUGGGUCGCCGCCGUCGUCAUCGUCGUCGACAUAGCUUUAUUUUCUUUUUAAUUUCAUUUGUAUUAAUACUCAUCAAAAGAAUUUGAUGAUUGAGAUGUGAAUAUGUUGUGUGCAUAACUUGGUGAAUGAAAUGAACUCACUAUUAAUUUGUUUCAAACAAGGCUGGAUUUGUCAAUGUUGUUACUACACAAUUUUUUUAUUU